AUGACGAACGACUUUUCAAAGCUCGGCCGUCUCACGUCUUUUGAGCCAGAAUUUGACGUUAUCAUCGUUGGCUCGGGUCACAAUGGCCUUCUUGCAGCUGCAUACCUUGCCAAAGCUGGAAAAAAGGUUCUCGUUCUUGAACGGCAGUCGUACCCUGGCGGAGGUGUGGCGUCUCUGCCUAUGGCUGAGCCAGGCUACACCAGCGAACGUCACAGUGCCAUCCAUCAGAUGAUCAUGGUCCAACGGACUGCCGAUGCCAUCACCGCCAUCUCAAACCUAGUGGAAGGCGAAGCGUACAAACGCUUCGCCAAACUCGCGACCAAGAUCACCAAGCUCGUCAUGCCAGGCAUGUUUGUUCCUCUGUCUACGACACCCCCAGAUUUAUCCAGCCAUCCCGAUGUCGCCGCGGCUCUUGAGUCGAGUGCGAAGUGUAGCUCUCUUGACAUAGUCAACGAGUACUUCAAGGACCCAAUUGUGAGGGUAGCCAUUCUUCGACUUGUCACCGAGAUUCAACUGGCGCAUCCCAAGACCCCAGGAACUGGCUUGAUGGCGUAUCUGGGCAUUGGAUUGAUGACCUUGUACGGGUUGGCAGUGCCCCGAGGAGGUGGCUCAGCCUUUACUGCAGCUGUUUCCAGAUGCCUGGAGGCACAUGGAGGGGAAAUUCGUCUCAACACCGAAGUCAUCAAGGUCGUUACCGAGAAUGGCCGAGCUGUUGGCGUCCGAACGCGAGCCGGUGAGAUUCGAGCGCGAGAAUGUGUCGUGGCUCAGAUUCACCCACACAUCUUGGGCAAGCUUGUGGAUGGCAUCGACCCAACUAUCACAGCGGCGGCUUCCAAGACCAAACUGUCCGAGUACAACCUUGUGGUCGUCCACGCUACCUUGGAAAACCCACUCAACUUCAAGGCAGGAGGAGUGGCAAACCAUGUGGUGAUGAACACCAUCUGCCCAGGUAGCGUCGAGGAGCUCCUCAAGAGCUACGACACCAUGGAUAAAAGCGAGAUACCAGAUGUCAUCAUGACGAGCGCGUCAGCCAUCAAUGUUACCGACCCAACACGGGCUUCAGCUGGAAAGUUCAUCCUCCAUGCCGUUGUGAUGGUUCGUGCAGACCACGCUCGCGUUGGCUUCCAGGGAUGGGAUGAGGUCAAAGAUGAGGUGAUGCAAAAGUUCUUCCGCUACUUGUCUGACUAUCUUGUGGACUUUACUCCCGAUCAAAUCCGGGCAUAUCACGUCGUUACCCCCAAAGACCACCAGGAUGAUACACCCAGUUUCCAGGGCGGUGAUAUCUGUGGUCUCUCGAUGUCUUCAGAUCAGAUGGGCCCUCUUCGUCCUACUCCAGAGUUGGCUCAGUAUCGUGUCCUUGGAGUAAAGGGUUUGUAUCUAGCCGGCCCCUUUAUGCAUCCAGGUGGUGGCGUCUGGGGUGGCGGUCGUCCUGUGGCCAUACGUGUGAUGGAAGAUAUGGGGAUCGACUUCGACGCGGCGAUCAAGACUGAUAGGACAAAGGCAUCGCACCUUUGA